UAUAUCUGAAGAGAAGAUGGAAGAAGCUAGAAGAGCGAUGGAGAUUGCUGAGAAGAAACUCUCGGAGAAUGAUUACGAUGGUGCGAAGAACUUCGUUAACAAGGCUCAGCGUUUGUAUCCACAGCUUGAUGGUUUGAACCAACUGUCGAUGAUGAUCAAUGUUUAUAUCUAUGCAUCAAACAGAGGAGGAGAAGAAGCUGAUUGGUACAAGAUUCUCGGUGUCGAUCCUUUAGCUGAUGAUGAAGCAGUGAAGAAAACUUACAAGCAGUUUGCUCUUUUGCUUCAUCCAGACAAGAACAAGUUUGAUGGAGCGGAAGGUGCCUUUAAACUGGUUUCAGAAGCUUGGUGUUUGUUGUCUGAUAAGGUUAAGAGAGCUUCUUAUGAUCAAAGGAGGAAGUCGAAAGAAGAAGCAAGAAGUACUAAGUAUGCAUCUGCCGCGGAUGCAUCAAAACAGAGGCAAACAAGUGACUUUUGGACAAGCAGUAUGUUUUGGAUAAUAUGCAGAAGAUGCAAGACACACUGGAGGGAUUCUGAUCUUAACAACGCAAGACCUUGUCCAAAUUGUAGUCAAACUUUCAUUACAAAUUAG